AAGGGUUAAAGAGGAUUUAUUGAAUUGAUUGUUUAUUAUUGAAUCGAUGUUAAUGUGGUUGACUUACGAACAGCAAGAAGACAUGAGUUAAACAAAACACCUGGAUAAAAAUGCUGUAGCAAUUUGAACUGAGUGAUGACAGAAAUGAUUGAUUCUAUUUCACUAAAUGAUUGACAACUGUCUUUUGUGAUUUGCAGACACAAAUUGAACAAACUUUUCAGAAGCAGAAUAAACAGGACUGUUGGCGAGACAUCGGGAACAAAACUCAAGGAUCUCUGCAUCUGGAUACGGCCCAAAAACAAAAUGGCGGACACACUUUCAGCAGUUGAUUAUGUUGUCUUUGCGCUGAUGCUACUCUUUUCAAGUGUAAUCGGCAUCUACUACGGCUAUAAAGGCAAGCAAACGACCACGAAGGAAUACCUCACGGCAAGCGGAAGUAUGCACUGGAUGCCGAUUUCUAUAUCUUUACUAGCAUCGUUCUUAUCUGCAAUCGCAUUGAUGGGCAUUCCAUCUGAAAUAUACACUUACGGUAUCCAGUACCUAAUUACCUAUCUCUCCUUCGUCGCCAUGUUGUUGCUGUCUGCAAUGAUCUAUGCACCGAUAUUUUACCAGACCAAAGUUACAAGUGCUAACGAGUAUUUGGAAAAGAGAUUCAGUCGUGGUGUCCGCCUUGUAGGAUGUGCCCUGUUUAUUUUGCAAUACAUUUUAUACCUGGCAGUGGUUAUCUUUGCUCCAAGUCUUGCUUUGCAGGCAGUUGCUGGCGUUCCAAUGGCAGCUUCAAUUAUCUCAACAGGAGCUGUGUGUACUUUUUACACAACACUGGGUGGAAUGCGAGCAGUUGUAUGGACUGAUGUUUUUCAAGCUUUUGUUAUGAUACUUGGCCUUGUAGUUAUCAUUGCAAUCGGCACGAAUGACGUAGGAGGCAUUGGCAAGGUUAUUGAUCUUGCAGAUAAAGGAGAACGACUGACGCUGUUUGACUUCAACCCAGAUCCAACAGUAAGGAACACAUUUUGGACACUUGUAGUUGGAGGCACGUUCUCGUUGAUUCCAAACUGGACAACAUCACAAGUCGUCGUCCAACGAUUCUUAUCAGCGUCAUCCUUGAAAAGUGUGAAAAAAGCCAUUUACAUCAAUGUCAUCUUUUUAUUUAUCUUCGUGGUUGCCUGUUGCUUUGCUGGGUUGGUCAUGUAUGCUGUUUACGCUGAUUGCGAUCUUCGUACGGUCAAAGAGAUUAAAAGCAAUGACCAGGUCAUCCCAUACUUCGUCGUCCACAAACUUUCCCAUCUUACGGGAGUUCCUGGACUUUACACAGCUUGUCUAUUCAGUGGAGCAUUGAGCACUGCAUCCUCUGGCCUUAAUUCUCUAACUGCAGUAACAGUUGAAGACAUCGUCAAGCCUCGAUACCCAGACAUGAGUGCUAGCAAGAUGAUGCUCGUAUCCAAGUUAAUAGCCUGUGCAUUUGGAAUAGCUGUCAUUGCAUGUUCGUUUCUCGCAUCAGUUGCAGGCACUCUAGUACUCCAGCUGGCCUAUUCAAUCACUGGGAUUAUUGGAGCUCCGAAUUUUGGUAUGUUUACACUUGGCAUGUUCUCAACCAGAGCUCAUUCAAAGGGUGCACUGGUUGGUGUUUUCACAGGGAUAGCCAUGACUACAUGGAUUUCACUUGGGGGCAUUAUGUACCCUGGGGACAAGGCACCAGCCCCACUUAAAGUAAACGACUGCAGUGCUGUUGGUUUUUUCAACACAUCUUUGCUUAAAAAUGUUGGUAUCAAUGGAACAGUCAUAUACAACUACAAACCUCAUGAUGUCCCAUUGGCAAAACUAUACAGCUUGUCAUAUUUGUGGUAUGGUGCUGUUGGUGCUUUGUGUACCAUUGUGAUCGGGUGGCUUGUCUCAGUAGCAACUAAUUCUUCCGACCAGCAUAAGAAAGUUGACGAAAGUUUGUUAUUUGACUACAAAUCUAAAAUUCAACGCAUUCUUCCUGCAAGAUGGACAAAAUUCAGGCUUAAACAGGAUAUUGCAACUGAUGCAUCAACAUAUGAAUUGAAGCAUUAUGCCGAUGUUGCUGAUGCUCAGAAAAUGGAGUUGCAAAGAAAUGAUGUCAUGGUAUUUGAAAACCAAAGUGCACAGUAAUUAGAGACACCUGCUUUAGAUAGCUAUUAGCCUGCAUAAUGAUAUUAAUGUUUGCAUUUAACUAGUGUAGAACCCAUGUAGAUUGCCGGAGAAUAUAAUGUUUUCGUCUCCUACUGCUAUUGAAACACUUCAGAUUUUUAAUUCUACAGGGCAUGUAAAAAGUCUUUAGUAUUUUAUCUGAAACUGUUGAGCUUGACAAAACUCUUCAUCGAAGCAAGGAAAUGGCUUCUUUUCUCUCUACAGGAUCUUGUUCAGACAUGCAUGGCAAAGCCUCUAACGAUGAUAGGUUUGAGGGAGGUACCAUUGAUCCUAUAAUAUUUUGCUUAGAUGAAGACAAGCCACUGCCUUUCCCCUUUCAACUUAUAUUACACUAUCUUACGAUAUCGUAGGCUAUUGAAAUAAUAUAAACUAACUUACAGGUAAACUUUCUGUUAAACCAUUGUGUGAACCCAACUUUAAACGAGUCAUUAGCUUAGACUUCCACUUCACCAUUCUUGUGAGGGCGUGGAGCAAGCAUUUGUUUGAAGGUUCACUCCAGAGGCGUUUCUUUGAGAGUGAGGCAGAGAGGGUCAUGGCUUCUACACAAAUUUUUUUGGCCUCUUGCUUGAUACAAAAUUUUCUACAAAGAUUACUACUAAAAAUUUGGUGAUUUUUUUUAUAGCUAGCUUUCUUCUAUUUUGCUGAAUGUGACCUUAUUCACUUUUAUUUAACAAACUAGAGGCCCUGAUAACCAUUUUGGUUUAUAACGGAUGUGAACUUUCAUGAAAUGUUGGCUCCUUCCUGUUGUAGUUACCAGAACAAUUUCAUUCUUGACAAUCAUUUAACUUUUUUGAUUCUAUAUUCGUUAUACAAAAAUUGUUAAAACAAGUUUUUGAAACAGAAGUUCAGUGUUUAGGACUUUUAGUAACCAACGUUUUCGGUACGAAAAUUUCGGCGUUAUUCCGAUAACUUUGAAUGGAAAUAAAUUCGAAAGAUUAUCUUACGGUUUUAUUGGAAAAAAUCACGAAAACAUUGGACCAGUGCUUCAGAAAAGUUCUUGAAAAUACUAUCGAGGGAAUCAUAAAGAAUGCCUCGAAAUACGGAAGAAUAAGUUAAUUCAACGUUUCGGUUUCGAUUUUCUAUUUUCAUGCGCUUAGAUAAUGAGCAAAUCAGAGUUUAAAAUAAACAAGUCUUUAACGUCAAAUGUAGAGCAACUCACCUUGUAUCUGCAUUGAAGCUUUAAAAUCAAGGUGCACUGCAAAAAAAAUUCUCACUUAUAAUUUCUUUAUCAAGAAAAAGCUUUAGCUGUUUGCUUUAAAAUUCAACAUUUUUCGUUUGUUUUUCUUUGAAAAAGCCACACUUCAUGGUCAUCUUCCAUGAAUACUUUGUUAAUAUUUUACAGACUUAUUUUGAAGCAAUUCUUCAUAGUUUUGCGUCAUUUUUUCCUCAAAACAGCAAACCAAUAAUAUCGUAAAAUAUCUUAACCGGGAAUUUUUCCUAACAAACUGGCGGAGAGGGUAAACGGAGGUUUUUCACUUGUUUCCACUUCCUUGGACUAAUACCUUGAAAUUUUGAAUGGUGUCCAAAAAAAUUUCUCCCUGGAUAUCACGUGAUCGAUGACGUGAAUUUUUAUGGUCAGAAAAAAAUUAAAAUCGUCAAAUGUAAAAAUAAACAGCAUCAAUCGAAAGAGUGUAAAAAACUGAACAAAAAAUGCUUAGAAGCAUAUAGCCAAAAAAUCAACCAGUUAAAAACUAUCACAUGUCAAAGUAUUGAUGACGUCACCAUAUGCGCAAGUCACAAGUAUGGGAAAUUGGUAUUUUCAGCCAUUUUGGGCCUCUUUUAUUGAUACUAUUGUGGAAUUUCCAUGUUGAUAAGAUAUGAGACGUAAGUGGUUAUCAUGUUACAAUGGGUAUAUAAAGGGUUAAGUAAGGCAUAGAGUAGCCCCUAAUGGUUAAGUUAAUCAAUUACUUGACUUUCGUCUAGUUUGGCAGUUGUAGGAUGUGUCCUGUUUAUUUUGCAAUACGUAAGUCAAUUAUUGUGAUUUUCUCACGCCUCCCCAGUAAUUUGGAACAUUUCUCUUCCUCUACAUGUGAAAAUAGUUGAUCAGAAGUGUCAAGCCUGAGGCAUGACGUCAUCAAGCGACAAAUGAUACCUGCUAUUUUAUAGAUGCCUACCAUAUCAGCCAGAAGAAUGUUAUACCUUCUGCUUUGAAAAACAGACUGAAAAUAAUUUCUAAGCAUCUUGUUUAUCUCUCUCGUUGUAAAAAACGA